GCAGCUCGCCGGCCAAUUGGAGGGCCCCUAGGGGCGCGUGCGCGCGGCGGCUGGCGCGCGCGGCGGGUUAUUGGGCGCGUCUCCGGACCAGGAUUUAUAAAGGCGAGGCCAGGACUGGCGCGCGCUCUCGUCGCCUAGGCUGUCCCGGCGGCGCCAACCGAACCGCCCCGCCCGCUCCGACGUCCGACAUGCUGAGCCGCGCUCUGCUGUGCCUGGCCCUGGCCGCGGCGGCCCGGGUGGGCGCCGACGCCCCCGAGGAGGAGGACCACGUCCUGGUGCUGAGGAAGAGCAACUUCGCGGAGGCGCUGGCGACGCACAAGUACCUGCUGGUGGAGUUCUAUGCCCCUUGGUGUGGUCACUGCAAAGCACUGGCCCCUGAGUAUGCCAAAGCAGCUGGGAAGCUGAAGGCAGAAGGUUCCGAGAUCCGACUAGCAAAGGUGGAUGCCACUGAAGAGUCUGACCUGGCCCAGCAGUAUGGCGUCAGAGGAUACCCCACAAUCAAGUUCUUCAAGAACGGAGACACAGCCUCCCCCAAGGAGUACACAGCUGGCAGAGAAGCCGAUGACAUCGUGAACUGGCUGAAGAAGCGCACGGGCCCUGCUGCCACCACGCUGCUCGAUGGUGCAGCUGCAGAGUCCUUGGUGGAAUCCAGCGAGGUGGCCGUCAUUGGCUUCUUUAAGGAUGUCGAGUCAGACUUGGCCAAGCAGUUCUUGCUGGCUGCAGAGGCCAUAGAUGACAUACCAUUUGGGAUUACGUCCAACAGUGAUGUGUUCUCCAAAUACCAGCUCAGCAAAGAUGGGGUGGUCCUCUUCAAGAAGUUUGAUGAGGGCCGGAACAACUUUGAAGGGGAGAUCACCAAAGAGAACCUGCUGGACUUCAUCAAGCACAACCAGCUGCCCCUGGUCAUUGAGUUCACUGAGCAGACAGCCCCGAAGAUUUUUGGAGGUGAAAUCAAGACUCACAUCCUGCUGUUCCUGCCCAAGAGUGUGUCUGACUAUGACAGCAAACUGAGCAACUUCAAGAAAGCCGCCGGGGGCUUCAAGGGCAAGAUCCUGUUCAUCUUCAUCGACAGCGACCACGCCGACAACCAGCGCAUCCUCGAGUUCUUUGGCCUGAAGAAGGAGGAGUGCCCAGCCGUGCGGCUCAUCACCCUGGAGGAGGAGAUGACCAAGUACAAGCCGGAGUCGGACGAGCUGACAGCGGAGGGGAUCACAGAGUUCUGCCACCGCUUCCUGGAGGGCAAGGUCAAGCCCCACCUGAUGAGCCAGGAGCUUCCUGAAGACUGGGACAAGCAACCGGUCAAAGUACUGGUUGGAAAGAACUUUGAAGAGGUGGCUUUUGACGAGAAGAAGAACGUCUUUGUGGAGUUCUAUGCCCCGUGGUGUGGCCACUGUAAGCAGCUAGCUCCUAUUUGGGACAAACUGGGUGAGACGUACAAGGAUCACGAGAACAUCGUCAUUGCCAAGAUGGACUCCACGGCCAACGAGGUGGAGGCUGUCCGGGUGCACAGCUUUCCCACGCUGAAGUUCUUCCCUGCACGUGCAGACAGAACGGUUAUCGACUACAACGGGGAGCGGACCCUGGAGGGUUUUAAGAAGUUCUUGGAGAGUGGUGGUCAGGAUGGGGCAGGAGAUGAUGAUGACCUAGACCUAGAAGAAGCUGAAGAGCCAGACAUGGAGGAGGACGACGACCAGAAAGCUGUGAAAGACGAACUGUAGCACCGCAGCCAGACCUGGGCACCCCAACCACACCUGGUGGGCCGCGCUCCCGCAGCCCAGGCCCUCGGCGCCGACCCUCACCUGAGCAGGGAGUGUCAUCGGAAACCCAGGGACUCAUUCUAACACACGUGUGCACCUAACCUGUCUCCUCGCUUUUCAAUGUUUGGAAAGGGAUUAUCUCCAGGCAGCCCAUCCUGGUGGGCCCCUUUUUUAAAUUGUGAUGUACUUUUUUGUACAUGGUUUUUGUCCUGAGUGCUCGCUAAAAUGUUUGGGAUCUCACACUGGCAAUCCCUUUCCUGUUGGAGAGGUCUGUGCUCUCCAUCUGUGAGACUUUUAGACAUUUUUCGACAUCAGGGUAUUUGCUCCACCUUGGCCAAGCCUCCCUGAAGACCCCUGUGCCCUGUGUGGGGAGGGACAGAUCCACUGGAUACGGUCGCUCUCCAUGCAUGUUGUGCCAGUGUGGCCAUGACUGAGCAUGGUUCUUAAAAUUCUUGGUUAAAUGGAGACCUCUGGAUCCUGUCAGGGAUGCCUCACAUCUAGACAAGGGCACUGUGAUUGCCGGCCGCAGGGCCCAGGACAGGCCUGAACAGCUCACCUGUUCUUCCUCAAGCCGGGGCUCCCACUCUGUCUCAGGCGCUCCACACCGACUGCGGGUUCUGUUGCAGCAUGGCUGAGGCCUACACAGGCAGAACCAGGCCCUUGGUUCCCAGGCCAGGAGACAGCCAGGGAUGCCGGGGCUGAAUCACAUGUUGACCAUUCUUCGGGCAUUUCUACCACGAUAUUGGAAUUGGACACAUUGGCCAAAUAAAGUUGAAAUUUUACUACCCGC